AUGAUUAGAAAUCGGCAAAAAACACUACAACGCUGGGAAAAGUUGAGGAAAUAUGUGAUGUACACAUGGGGCUUUAGCAUAUCAGAUGAUGACCACAACAACAAGAAAAAUGGAUCAUGUUGCAGUGGUGAUAUGCUAAAAUCUAUCAGCGGAAAAGGAUCAUUACAAAAACAUAGGCAACAGAGCAGAACAGAUUCUAAGAUUCCUGCUCCAAAUCAUUCCCACACUUGUAGAACCAAGUCUUUGAUACCAAGAACUGCUUUGAGUCUUGAAGAGAAGUCAGAUUCUCGGGGUGAACAUGUGAGUUGCUUUUCAUUCAAUGUUGUUAAGAUCAGUGACUGGUUGCCAGAGAGUGAACCUAUUGGAAUAUUCAGUAAAACAGGCACAUCUCCUCUAUCACAGCUUUCUUUAAAGAACCCACCUCAACAGCAAUCACCGUCCACCUCAGACUCAGAAUUUCAUGUUAUUGUUGAAUUAGCUGAGCUUGGAGUAUCAAUCAUUGAUCACACACCUGAAGAAAUUUUGUACCUCUCUGUUCAGACUUUUAUUUUUUCAUAUUCAACUGGCUUGGGCUCUGGAAUUAGUAGGUUCAAAUUAAGAAUGCAUGGGAUACAAGUGGAUAAUCAGCUGCCAUUAACUCCAAUGCCAGUUCUUUUCAGACCACAGAAAGUUGGGGAUGAGACGGAUUAUAUCUUGAAAUUUUCUGUGACCAUGCAAUCAAACGGGUCACUGGAUCUUUGUGUCUAUCCGUUUAUUGGUUUUUAUGUGAGUAGAUCAUUGUUUAGAGGAGGUUUUUUUUUUUUCUUUUUUAUACUAAUCAUAUUUUUAUUGAUCAUUUUGGGUCCUGAAAAUGCUGCCUUCCUGAUAAACAUUCAUGAACCUAUUAUAUGGCGCCUUCAUGAAAUGAUCCAGCAGGUCAACUUCAAUCGCUUAUAUGAUAACCAAACCUCUUCCGUUGCUGUUGAUCCAAUUAUCCAAAUUGGAGUUCUUAACAUCUCAGAUGUUCGGUUCAAGGUGUCAAUGGCUAUGUCACCCAGUCAACGACCAAGGGGUGUACUUGGCUUUUGGGCAUCAUUGAUGACUGCACUGGGAAACACUGAGAAUAUGCCAGUUAGAAUAAAUCAAAGGUUUCAUGAGAAUGUGUGCAUGAGGCAGAGUUCAAUGACAAAUAUUGCUAUUUCAAACAUACGGAAGGAUCUCCUUGGCCAACCUCUUCAAUUUCUUUCUGGUGUUGAUAUAUUGGGUAACGCAAGCAGUGCACUUGGACAUAUGAGUAAGGGUAUGGCUGCCUUAUCAAUGGAUAAGAAGUUCAUCCAAAGUCGGCAGAGACAGGAAAACAAGGGCAUAGAGGAUCUUGGUGAUGUUAUUAGAGAAGGAGGUGGUGCACUAGCAAAAGGCCUAUUCAGGGGAGUCACUGGAAUAUUAACAAAGCCUCUUGAAGGUGCAAAAACUUCUGGUGUUGAGGGUUUUGUUCAAGGUGUUGGAAGAGGACUAGUUGGUGCAGCGGCACAACCAGUUAGUGGGGUUCUGGAUCUUUUGUCAAAAACCACAGAAGGAGCCAAUGCAAUGAGAAUGAAGAUAGCAUCAGCUAUAACUUCUGAUGAACAACUUCUUCGUAGGAGACUUCCUCACGUAAUUAGUGGUGAUAAUUUACUCUGGCCUUAUGACGAGUACAAAGCUCGAGGACAUGUAUUGUUUUUCAACUGAUUAUGUAAAUUCCUUGACUAAAUAUUUGUUAUCAGGAAAUCUCUAAGAUUGAUAAUUUGAUUUGCAAUUAUCUAAAAUUAUUUCAAUGUUUGUAGAUCUACAUUCAGUAGUAAAUUGUUUGGUCCGGACAUUAAUUAGUAAAGAUAUAAAAAUGCUUGUAUAUAUAUAUAUAAA